GCUGCGUGAAAGCCCAGCAGUUGCUUUGACGAGUCAUCGCUGGAGAAGAUCCCAGAGCAGACGGAUCCGCUGUCUGAUGGCUUGAAAACGGGGAAUCACUGUGGACCGCAGCGGAUUUAUAGCAUCGUACGAGCCCGGAGGAGCGACGCGGAGGCGGCACGAGCGGACCGGGUGCCGACACGGGUCGGGAUACGUUACCUUUAAGUGAGGCUGUUAUCGUUUUUUUUGUUUUUGGAAGCCUUACACAGACAAUACGGAGAGAAAAGUAGUACCACAGCCUCCGCGACAGCAGCGGGCGAACUUGUCAUCUCUGUCCUGUGGGAGGUGUCUGUCUGUCGGCUUGGGGCUCUCUGCACGCACCGCUCGUCUCGUCACUGAUUGGACCUUUUUAAUUUGAGGGAUAUUUGUUGUGUUUUGUACAAAUCGCUCUUAUUUAGUGUUUUCCCUCAACCAACUGUGGCUUUAAUGUGACGCACCACACUGACACUUGUGCUGUGUGUAGAGCAGACCCUCUGCAGAGGAGUAAAAGGCUCCCUAAUCAAGUUUUUCCCCCCUUCACAUUUCUGCGGCAACAGCACAGACCACACCGAUGUCAUAGGGACAAGGACAGAAGCAGACCAAGCUGGGCCAGGCUAGGCCAGGCCUAGGCCUACCUAGCCAUCAAUCUGGCCUUACAAUAGAGGCCAGCAACCUCUCUUGGAAGUUCAGGCAGCUGAGGAGGCUUCAGCCUGGUCUUACAGAGACAUCCCCAGACCUAAAAAUCAAACUUUGGAGUCCAGGCAUCUUCUGUCAUCUUUUAAGAGGCCAUACUGGUCUAAUCGAUCUCCAGUCAUUCCAUGUUGCGGUCAUCCCAGUCUGGUUGUUGGCAGCAGGAUGGAGUUACGUGUUGAUUUGACGGUUAUCGUCUCACUGCAGUGCUUGCACCCCUCCUCUGUUGACUGCCUUUCAUCCCUUCCCUCCCCAGUUUUUAAGAGAAAGCCCCUUCCACUCACCUGGGGCUUCCCUGAGCCCUCCACGAAAGGGCCUUGUAGAAACUGUGGGUUGUUAAUUUAAAACAUUGCAAAGAGGAAAGCAAAAAAUACAAAAGACAUCAAGGAUUGCUGCAUUCAGUCGAUUUUGUUUUUUGUUCUAUUGCACAUUAACUUUCCUUUUCUUGCGGUUUGAUCAAAGGUUAAUGAACUAGGAGGUUGAGAUCUGCGCUCAGAGUUUACAGGAAUAAGUUACAUAAAAGUCUUUACAUAAAGAUUUGCUCUUUUACAGUUUGAGCUUUUUUUUUUGAAAGAAUGUCUGAAGAAAAUAGCAGCAGCAAAGCAGUGAAAUUCAUUGCUCCUCUUCCCCCUGUUUCUUCUCCGUCCCCCUGCCCAUCACCCCAGACCCCCCACAAGAAUGUGAACGGCUCUGCCAGUUCAGACACGCAUGUCGUGGAGAAGCUUCUUGGAGAGCCGGAGGUCCAACGUCGGCGCCACACAAUGGAUAGAGACUCUAAAACGGCCGAGCACCGUUUCUUCCGCCGGAGUGUCAUUUGUGACUCGAAUGCCACAGCUUUGGAUCUGCCCAGCAAAGCAGCUGUGUUACUCACAUCACCCCCAGACUGUGAAGGGACUCCCAUCAUCUUCUCUCCGCAGCUUUUAAACCUUGGAGGACAGGAUUAUGAAGGUGAGGAGUCCCAAAGAGGUUCCUAUCUGCAGAGCAGUACCCUUCAGCCUUCAUUUGGGCAUGGUGGGGCAGUCGAAGAGGGGGAUCUACAAAAUGCCGAGGGAGAUUUGGAUGUGUGCACGAUUGCUGUUCCUACCAGUAGCAGUGUUGAACAUAGUGCAGAUGGGGCAGUAACAGAGCCCAGCUCGACAGUAUUGGAUGUUGCCAAUAAAACAGUAGCCAAACAGCCUGACAUCGUAUUGCGUCCCAGAGGGCUUCAGGAACAGGUGGCCAAAGAUGGAAAAGCAGUAGGAAAUGUGUAUGAGGGAAGCAUCAGUAGUCCAACCGAGGAGAAAGACAGGGAGACGGAGGAGGAGAAGGGGCUCGCGAAAGCACGGGCAGAGCAGAGGGAACGGGAGCAAGAGGACAUAGAGGAGGCUGAAACAAAAGCUGUAGGAACUUCACCAGAUGGACGCUUCCUGAAGUUUGACAUUGAGAUCGGGAGAGGGUCUUUUAAGACUGUCUACAAGGGUUUGGACACUGAGACAACAGUGGAAGUGGCAUGGUGUGAGCUACAGGAUCGUAAACUGUCCAAGUCCGAGCGUCAGCGGUUCAAAGAGGAGGCCGGCAUGCUGAAGGGUCUCCAGCAUCCUAACAUUGUCCGCUUCUAUGACUCCUGGGAGGGUCCCUGCAAAGGAAAGAAAUGCAUCGUUCUCGUCACUGAGCUCAUGACAUCUGGCACGCUAAAAACCUACCUGAAGCGAUUCAAGGUGAUGAAAAUCAAAGUUCUGCGUUCAUGGUGCAGACAGAUCCUGAAAGGCCUUCACUUCCUGCACACCAGAGCGCCACCUAUCAUUCACAGAGACCUGAAAUGCGACAACAUCUUUAUCACAGGGCCCACGGGCUCGGUGAAGAUAGGGGACCUAGGGUUGGCCACGCUGAAGAGAGCCUCUUUUGCCAAGAGCGUAAUAGGUACACCAGAGUUUAUGGCUCCAGAGAUGUAUGAGGAAAAGUAUGAUGAAUCUGUAGACGUCUAUGCUUUUGGGAUGUGUAUGCUGGAGAUGGCUACCUCAGAGUACCCCUACUCCGAAUGCCAAAACGCUGCCCAGAUCUACAGACGAGUUACUAGUGGAGUGAAGCCUGCCAGCUUUGACAAGGUAGCCAUUCCCGAGGUGAAAGAAAUUAUCGACUGCUGCAUCAGAACUAACAAGGAUGAGAGGUAUGCCAUAAAGAUCCUGUUGAACCAUGCCUUCUUCCAGGAGGAAACAGGGGUCAGGGUUGAACUGGCAGAAGAGGACGAUGGAGAAAUGAUCGCUAUUAAACUGUGGCUCAGGAUAGAAGACGUGAAGAAGCUCAAAGGAAAAUACAAAGACAACGAAGCCAUCGAGUUCUCCUUUGACCUGAACAAGGACGUCCCUGAAGAUGUGGCCCAAGAAAUGGUUGAGUCUGGCUAUGUUGCUGAGGCUGACCAUAAGACCAUGGCCAAGGCCAUCAAGGACCGUGUGUCUCUGAUCCGGAGGAAGCGAGAGCAGAGGCAGCUGGUACGAGAGGAACAGGAGAAGAGGAAGCUGGAGGCAGAACAACAGCAGCAGCAGCAGCAACAGCAACAACACGAUACACACAAAGCUUCACACACACAGGCAGAGACCGAGGAGACCGAAGUGGAGCAGCACCAGCUUCUCUAUCAGCAGGCGAGCAUCUCACACACAUCUGAAGGAGGCGUGGACAGUGGCCAGGGUUCCUCUGUUUUCUCCUCAGACUCCCCCCACCUGGGUCAGCUGACCAUGUCGUACAGCUGCCCCCCUUCUAGCCAGCCUCCUUCCCAGCCCCAGACCCCCUAUCCCCCCACCCCCUCCGCUACCCCACAGCAGCACCCGGGCUACGCCCAGCCGCUGCAGCCAAUGCAGCAUUCAAUGCCACACCCUUUCAGCGGAGGACCAAGCACAGGAGGGGGAGCAGGAGGGAACGUCCCUCUUCCAACUCUCCCAGACCCCCCGACUAUUUUCUUCCCCUCUAUCCCUGAGCGUCCCAUUUCCUUCUCACCUCCUCCUACUGGGCCUCCAAAGGCCUACAACACUCAGAGACGCAAGAGCACUUCCAUUCUCGAGGCGCAUACCCGACACUUUCAGCCUGCUUACCCUCGUUACGGGAGCAGCCUCCACCCUUUUUCUGGCAUGGAGGGUGUUGAGGCUCCUUCUCUCUUCAUGGUUAAUCCUGGUUUUGCAGCAGCUGCUCAAAGACUUGGUGUUGGGGAACCCCUCCAUCUCCCAGGACAAUCUGAUCCAAGUUUUUAUGGGUUCAAAGACAUGAGAGCAGAGCACGAGGAAGCAGUGAGGAGACUCAAUCUAAAUCAAGCAGCCUUAUUGGACCAUUAUGAAGCAAUGGCAUAUGGAGGCUACCCAAUGACUGCACACCAGCUUUUCCAUCAGCAGAGGCAGGCAGCAGCUGCAGCUGCUGGUUUGGGUUUUGAUCCUGGUCCUCCAUCUCAAGCAGGGUUCUUACAUCCUCAUAUCCUGCAAAGAAUGAGUGCACACAGUCCAAUACCGCCACCCUUACCCCCCAUGAGUGCAUCCACGGUUGGCUCUAUGUCUUCUUCAUCAUCCGAGGGAUGCUAUGCUCCACAGCAUGCUUCCUCAUCCUCCUUUCCUAUUUCUGCACCUCCAGUAAUGGCCGACGCCCCGCCACCUACCGGAAGUGUUUUUGAGUUUCAUUUAGCUGCAGCCGCUGCAGCUGCAGCCGCUGCUGGAGAUCCAAGCCUCCUGGCAUCCAGACUUUACCGGGCCAGACGGAGUUCUAUGGACCUCCCUCUAGAGGACAGCCCUGGGACGGGAUCCAGUGGCUCCGGCACAUAUAGUCGUCUGCAGCCAGUGACAGAAGAGCUGUACUCUUACGUGAGUCCGGAGCUCCCUUUACCUCCGGGAAGUCUCCUCCUUCACCACGCAGGUUUGACUGUAAAAGACAGAAGUCCCGAUCCUUCCAGCGACUCUCUGACCUCCUCUGAUGCAGGAGAGUUCCAGUCACCACCUCCGCCACCUCUUCCUCCUUCCUUCGAGUCCUCAGCUGCUCAGUCCAUCCCUCGCUCGUCCUCCACUGCGCCUUACGAUUCACCAGGGGGAGUUCUUCACGCAGAUCCCCAGGGGCAUCCGCCUUCAGUGCAGAACUUUCUGCCCACCACACCAUCGUCCGAGCUCCCGCUUGGGGGGUCGUCAUCAAAUCAGCUGGAGUCUCUGAUCCAGAGCUCCUGGGCCCGGCACGGGGGAAUGGUGCCAGCUCAACCUGAUAUGACAUACCACGAGUCACUGCUGGCCAUGCAGGCCGCUAACCCCCCUCUGCAGACUCAGGUGUCCUCCCCUCAGCCAACUUCAGGACCUGCUUUGGUCCCUGCCAGCACACAGCCACCACUUUCUGGGACUGCCCAACAGGUUGCCUCAUCUAGCCAGAGUAGCACAUCACUUCAAAGCCCCACACACACACCUCUGCCACAGUCACCUGCACAGCCUGGUGUAACUCCACCUACCUCUACCGUUCCUUUGGUGACCCUUCCUUCUCCGUUGCUGUCUAUUGCCGUCACAAAGCCAAGCGCGGCCAUGGCUCCCCCUCCCUCUCCUCUGCCAGUCCCUGUUGGGGUGGUGCCUACUAUUGUUUCCCCUCCUCCUCCUACUCCCGUACCCACAUCUGUGCCUCAGGCUUUGGCCACGGUGGUGCCAAUCAUCAGUGUAGUCAGCGCCCCGCCUGAUACCCCCAUGGAAGCCCCCCCUCAGCCUGCCUCACAAUCUUCAGAGUUACCUCAGUCCCAGCUACAGCCGCCUCAAGUUCUCUCAUUCAUAGAGAGUGGCCAUUCUGAGACUUCAGGUUUGAGCGACGGCAACGAGGGAGGAGGAGGUCGUCAUGAAGGGCGCUCGGCCAAGCGACACCAGAGACGUUCUGUGCGAAGUCGAUCACACCAUGAGAAGACGACCAAGGCGAAACUCAAUGUUCUCAAUAUCUCCAACCUUGGAGACAGGGUAGCAGAGUGUCAGCUGGAGACCCACAACAGGAAGAUGGUGACCUUUAGGUUUGACUUGGAUGGAGACAACCCUGAGGAAAUUGCCCAGAUCAUGGUCGAGAGUGAGUUUAUCCUGGAGAGCGAGAGAGAGUCAUUUAUUGAACAGGUCAGAGAGGUGAUAGAGAACGCUGAUGAGAAGGGUCUGGAAAGAGAUGCCAACAGCCAGACAAAGAAAACAAUGGCAGGUGACACGCAACAGCAGAAUCCUGCAAUAUCUGCCCCCAUGCAAGGCAUCCCACCCAGUCCAUCUGCACAAGUGGUCCACUCGGCAGGUCGGAGAUUUAUCGUCAGCCUUGUACCCGAGGCGAGGCUGAAGGAACAAAUGCUUCCCACCUCUCCUUCUCUUGCACCUCAUGUUGAGACGGUUUCUCCACCUCCAUCACAGACUCCAGGUCAAGGUUUGGGCUUGUCCCAUUCUACAGGAGCAGUCAGCUUACACCAAGCAUUCUCUGAACUCCGACAGAACCAAAAUCAGCUUGAUUCAGGGCCCAACACUGCUCCACCCUCCAUCCACUCCACCCAUCCUCCACUUCUGGAGCCUGCAGCAGCUUCUGUCCCUUCACAGAGUAGCACACUCACUCCCACUGUGGAUGCCGCUGCUGGGCAUGUCCCUUCUAAUUUAAACACAACACAGGAUGCCUCUCUUCCUCCUCUUUCUGUAUCCUCGACCCCUUCCGCCAUCCAUCUCAGUCCUCCCUGUUCCUCUUCUCCUCCCCCUACAACAGUGAAUCAAAGCAUCCUUCAAUCACAGGUACUUCCACAGCCAGUAACUCAGGCUGUCUCACAACCCCAGACACAGGUACAAGCACAGCCUCAGCCCCAGGCUUUCAGCCACCCUCAGUCCCAGACAGUUUCUUCUGUCAGUGCUGCUUCAGUACCUUCCACUUUACCAACAGUGGUUCCCCCUCAAAUGCUCACCUCCCCUCCUCUAGCCCACACUAUUCCUUUUGUGUCCUCCCCGCCCUCUUCAUCUCUUAUAGCCAGUGAAGUCUCCUCUGAUCAUUCAUCAGUCUUGCCAACUCCUUCCCUGACCUCCUCAGUCAUCCCCACCACUGCCAUCCUAGGUCCCCAGCUCACGCCCUCUGUUGUCUCCCUCCCUGCUCCUACUCCCUCAUCGUCCGCUGGAGGACUUCUGCCGGUGACCACAAAUGUCCCCACAGUCCAACCAACUUUGGUGCACUCUCAGCCUCAGACAGCAGCCCUGGCUGGGCAGACGCAUGCCCACAGUGACUGCGAGCCCAGAUGUGAGCACUCCUCUGAGUCGCAGUGCAAACCAGACGACAUCCAAGCUCUGGAAAUGAAGCUGCGCUCUCUCUUCAUGGACCUCGGAGGCGUGGUGCCUUCCACCCAGGGAGACAUCGUAGCUGCUGAUCUGGCUGCUGUGGCAGGUACCUCGUCACCAGUAGGACCUUGCUCCACCUCCACCACGUCUGUCGCAGCAUCUGGCUCCAGCCAGUCAGCCAUUCCUCCUCAACCCCCUUCCAGCCUGGCGCUGGGAUCACUGGGAUCCCCUGCUCCAAUCCAGGGCCCUGGGACGCCUGUCUUCACCCCUGCACAGUCUAUCAUCCCUGUCUCAUUAGGCCAGACCACUCCAUCCAAAACGCCCUUAUCCAGAGUACCGGCCAGUUCUCCUCCUUCAGAACUCCCGCCACCCUUCCCUGGACCUUGUGUAAUACAGUCUCAGCAGCCUCUGGAGGACUUGGAUGCCCAGUUAAGGAGAGCGUUGAGUCCAGAGACUGUUUCUGUGGGCGGUCAGGCCUCCCACAUUAGUGUGGCUUCAGUUGGACAACCAGUUCCUUUUCCAGUGGAGGAAGAAACUUUGUCCUCUCCUGUUCAUCCCCCUCAAACUCAAUUAGGACGAUUUAAGGUCUCACGGGCUAUCGAAGAGCCCGCUGUCCAGCGACCGGCCUGCACCGAGUCUUCCUCCACCACCUCCUCCACUUCAUCUUCUUCAUCAUCCUCUACUCUCUCGAGCCCAGAGAACACAUUGCACAAAAACUCCUCGUUGCCUCUGAAAGCGGAAGGAGCAGGAAAAACAGGAGACGUGGUGGACGGGCCCCCUCACAAGACUCCCGUUGGAUCCCACCACCCCUCCCCUCUAACAUCCCCUUGCCCCUCCCCCAAACCGCCCACCACCACCAUAGGACGCUUUCAGGUUUCUCCUAAACCCGAGGCCUGCGUUGGUAGAUUCUCAGUCAGUCGUGCUGAGGAGGAGAGUCCUCCACCUGCUGCCAAAGCUGCUAAUGGACCCAGCGAUCCUGGCCAAGUUUUGACUCCAGAUUCUACCCAUAAAGCCUCUCUGCCGAGUCUAAACAACUCCUUCAAUAACUCCUACAUCAGCAGUGACAAUGACUCGGAAUUUGAGGAUGAGGACUUCAAACGGGAAGUCACUCGCCUCAGAGAGAAGCACAUGCGUGAGAUUCAGGAACUUCAAUCCCGCCAGAAGGAGGAAAUAGACCGUCUGUUCACCAGGCUGGGAAAGGUUCCUCCGCCUUCAGCGAUCCCUCCUGUUUUGACCUUGACUGGCAGGAGGAGACGGCCCACCAAAAGCAAGUCAUCGAAAUCGUCCAGAACCAGCAGCAAGAGUCCAUUACAGCCAGGCAGCACUCUAUCCGCCCAGAGCGUCCCGACUAUGUACCCCGGCCAGCUGGCUCUGCUAGCCCCAGGAGGAUUAGCCGAUUCGAACAGCAGCACUCUGCUCCAGCCCCUCAAACCCUCUCCCUCCAGUGACAACCUGUGUUCAGCCUACACCAGCGAGGCGGCGCUCUCUGUGCCCAGCCUGUGUGCUCCCACCCCAGGCUGUGUAAAGUUCAGCUGGGGUUCGGAGCGUUUGGCCUUCAAGCCUGGCGGCAGGAGGACGCGCUUUCUGAGUACGCCCUGCUUGGCUCUUUGGAAGAUGGUGAAAAAAGUCUGCCCCUGCAACCAGCUCUGUAGGACGAAUAGCACCAAUGCAGUGAGCGGUUCAGGUGGUUUGGGUCAAAGCCAGGGGGGUUCUCAGUGUCUGGCCCCCAACAUGCCAGCCCCACACCAGAGGAAAGGAACCUUCACCGAUGACCUUCAUAAACUGGUGGACAACUGGGCCAGAGAUGCCAUGAACCUCUCACAGGGUAAGAGGAGUGCCAAACAGCUGCAGCAGGCUCCGGUGCAGGGACACAGCUAUGAGGUUAUCCAGUCAGCCAGUCUGGGCAGGAAGUACUCCGCUCCCAGCCAGCUGUGUCCCAGCAGCAUAGGUGGUUCAGCCCACAUCCCAACAAACUCCAGCACCGCUACCUCUCUGGCUGCCCGAAAGGGCUCUUUAUGCCACCCUCCUGCCUCCUCCACUCCACCCCAACCCCAGCUUCCCCAGUUCAUCCACUACACCCCAACUGCUGCCUAUAGUGCACAAUGGUCUGGUCCGGCUCACAGCCUGUCCACCCCACACCAAGCACCAACACAGCCUCUGCUGGUCAGUACCUCCCAACCCCUGGGCCCCUACCCCACGCCACAGGGCCAGAUUCCAGGCCAGGGGCCACUCCAAGCUUUCCAUGUGACCAAUACCCUGCAGAAAUCAGUCAGUAACCCGGGAGGACCCAACUUGAGGACCACGUAGGGCUCAGAGUCGGGGCCGGUUUAAAUCACGGCCUGAGAGGACUGGUGUGAAGUGGAGUGUUCAUCGCUGGAUUGACUAGAAAGUGUGAUUGAUUUUAUUUCUUUUGUUGGGAGAGGGGGGUUGAGACGGGGGUAGGCAUGCGUGUGCAUGAGAAGCCACUUCAGGCUGCACUUCAGAGAAAAGCAGUGCAGCCUUUCUGCUGUGGGCUUGUAGCAAAAGAAAAAGACUCAGAGUACAAUGAUAAAAGGCCAAAGAGGUUCUGACAGGGUGUGUGGGCUUGCUGUCAAUAACUGUCUGCAUGUUUGCUCUAAUGGCUGGUUUACACUUGUUGGAUUUCACGCUCUGACAUGAGUUAACAUAUCUUUACAUAAUAUGGGUUAGUGAGCCGUGCUUACUAGACAGACGACAUUACAUCAGGCUCAGGAGGAGGAAGAAUGUGGUAGCCAGCUUUUACAAAAUCCAACUUGAGCCUUUGUGUCCGUGGAGUACCUUCUCAUCAAUUCCUGCUGGUACUGAUUUUAAGGCCUCUGCUAUCCAUGUUUAUCAGUCUCUGCUAGAAAUCCCAACAAAAAAACUUGCAAAUAUGCAUUUCUUCCAUUGGGGGUGAGCAUUGCUAGUCCUCACAUUAACAGAUAUUGUUGCUUAGCGUUAGGAAUCAAAAUCGUCAGUGUUUCUGACAGCAGUUAGCAUCCUUAAAUCAAAGGAUUACAGGAGGAGAUGCAAAUGGCAGCAGAUAGAAGGGUGAGGUGAGAGCAGAAGACGAGUCCGCAUAACUCUAAUCGAAUGUUUCAGGAAGUCGUUUGGAAGUUGGAGAGCCUUCCUAACCUUUAAAAGCACAAAGCGAGUCAAGAUUAAAUCAAAUACAUAUCGAGACUAGAUGUAGCCCAGCAUCUCCGCCGUCUUCUUCUCCCCCUCCCCACCGCUCAGUGUGGCAAAGUAUUCAAGCAGGUAGAGAGAGAUGGAAGUGGGAAAGCCCUCCAUCAGCUUCCUGUUUCAGCUCACUUCAUGUCGAUGGGGUCCCAAACGGGCAGAACAGAUGCUUCAUGACUUCUUUCGUCCCUCUCUCUUCACCUCCCUGUUGCAAUUUGAAGCAAUAACAGCAGAAACCUUUUAGAAGAGGACAAAAAAAGCCCGAACACAAGAGAACUCAGUGUGUAAAAGUGACCUUGUUAUCAAGAUAAUAUCCAUGUAUAGUUCGUGUCUGUUUUUUCGAAUGUCUGCUAUGAUGAUUCCAUUUUUUUUGUGUGUGUCGUCGGGUUGGUUCCCUUGUUGCCCCCUGCCCCACCCACCUACCGCCACCCCAGCUAGCAAUCUGACGCAUACACAUUCACACACCCACGCAACUCUUAUGACAUUCAUAUAAAUACACAAAGCCGCAUACAGUCAUUCACAGACUCAUGUAAACACACUCACGCAUAGUUGGAGGUGUAGCAGCUGUCAGACUCAUGGGCCGUGCCUCAGUUCUUAGUGUCAUAAUUAGGUCGUUUUCAAUAUCUGGGUUGAAAUGCAAUGUACAUUAUUGUCAUAAUUAUUGUUGUUAAUGAUUGUUCUAUUUAAAAAGAAACAAAAAACAAAACCGUGUUCUGUCAAUGGACCUGUUAUAUGUGCACAUCGCUGUAUGAUGUGGAGACACUGUGAUUAUUGUUGUUUGUUAUUAGCAAAUGUUGUUGGACAACAUUAGUUUUAGGGUGAAUUUAAAAACAAAAAAAAGCAUAUUUAGAAUAGUUUUUCGGGGUCCUUUCGCUUUCAAUUCACAGCUUUCCACAAACGAAUUUUUGGAGAUCGGUAACCCCUCUCUCUCUUUCUCUUUUUUUCCAAUAAGCGUCCUUCUGUCAGUUUACUGAGGACACACUUCCAAACCAAUGCCUUACCAACAACUAAUCAAUCCGUUUUUUCAGGUCAUCUCUAUAAACUGGGUGAAUUGAAAGCCGAAACUGACCUGAGUAUAAAGACAAACCGGCGUGAACGCCAGGAUAGUCGAUAUUUAGAUAAUAAAGUAAAGCUAGCUAUUUUUUUUCUUAAUACAGUACUUGUCUAUCAGACACUUUAAAUAGCCCUCCUCUUCCCUUUCUCCCCUGGUUUUGUUAGAUGAAUGUGAAUGUAUAAAAACCAAUGGUGUCCAUUUUUAAUGUACUUGAAAAAAAAAAACCCUGUCUUUUAUUUUUGCUUGUCUUCGCUCCCCCUGACCCCUCUAGAGCCUCUAGUGAUGGCUGGAGGUAUUAAACUAGUGCCUUGCUUCCUUCCUGUUGCUUCUCCAUUGGAGGUUAAAGUGAGCACAUUGGACAGAAUUUGUGGAGGAUAUAAGGUUGUUGCUGUGAAGUUUAGCGGAUGAGGCCUGCAGUGUAUAUGUGCGCGCACGUUUAGGCCGGCUUGUGAUGAUUCCUCCUGAGUGUAUUUUUUGCAAAAUGGGGAAAUUUGGAGUGAAAUGCUCUGCUGCCGUUUGAACGAAGGUUGAGAUUGACGUCCAGAGACGGAGAAAGGCAACCGUUUGUUAUCAGUGUUGUUUCUAUUGCUGUAUAUAUAUUUUUUUUCUUCAGUUUUAAGGAGGGAGUUUAUUGAAGAUUGUAUUCGAAGCUUGGACCACUCUGUACUUUGACCCGAGUGCAGCAUACUUGCGGGGAGAGCAUGCCGUGGUACAGUGACAUAAUGUUCUUUUUAACGUGAGAUCAGCUGAUAUUAAAGACUCGUUUUAGCUUUCUGUCAGGAUUUGAAACUCUGAGACCAUCAGAGCUAACCAGGAAUGUGAUAUAGGCCAUGAUGUCGUGCUCUACUGUCAGAAUAAUUUGGGUUUACUGAAAUAUUGUGAGAAGCGCAGGCUAAUGGCCCUGUUUAGGUAUGUCUGAAAUCUGUUUAUACUUGGCGUUAAAAUGUAUCUGGAGGGAUCAGAUCACAUGUGGAUGUGGCACUAAAUAUAAAAAGGACCACCAAGGCACACUGUGAUAGGCUGAGGUAGUCUGCAGUGCAUCAGGCCACUUCUUUUGAAGUGUAAAUAUCGUUGUGCCCUGAUGCAUCCCCCUCAAGGACUUCAGAGGAAAGCAUGUCACUAGUGCAAGAUGUACAGUAUAGGUCCUUUUUCCUAUUGUUCUGCCUCCUUUGCAAGUCACAAAUGAAUUAUCUGUGUUUGUUUGCUAGCCUUUAACUAUCUAGCAAAAGUCACAUAUACAGGAAGUAGCCAAGCAGUCAGCUGGACACUUUCAGACACGGUAAACAACAGCUGUAAUCUUGUGAUCCGGUCAUGCAUUAGAUGCAUUAGUCAAACCGAGUCUAAAGAAGGUUCGGUAUAUCUAAAUAAGCAGCAACCUAACACUUGAAAAUGCAACUUUAAAAAAAUGUAGCCAAAAAAGUGUUUGGUGCAUAUAGAUACUCUGUGACAUCAUCUUUUUCUGAUACAUUUUAAACUAGUUGGAAGUAACUAGCUGGAAGAAAGAAAGGAAUAAAGAAAAACAAGGCAGUACUUUGUCAGGACCCAUAAAAAUUCUGCAAAAAUAUUAACGAGGCAGCACAGUUGUCAGCUGUCUUUGCAGAAAUUGAAAAACCAACAAAUAAAAGUCAGCUUUAACGAGUUUUUGAGUGAAGGUAUGACAGAGAUGAUGGCAGUCAUGAUGAUUGAUGGAUUUAAGGGAGUACGUGCAAGGCCUCUGGCACCCUCUACUGUUUUUUUGUUUUGUUUUUUUAACCUGUAACACAAAUUAAACAUUUGGUACAAACUUCAAAGCUUUGCAUCUUUCCAUUGCUUUUUUCCAGAUUGUGUGUAAGUUACUUUGUAAAGUUUGUGCAAAAGAGCAUAGAUCUUUUUUUCGUUAUAUUCCUCGAGAAAAAUAACGCGACAUUUUUUACUACUUGGCAAGUUUGGUUGAAGCUGUGAAUAGUCAUUGAGCCACUUUGCUUCUGAGUUCUCAAUAUAAGCAUUCUGUCAGACCUUUAAUGAUGCCACAAACUCAGUGCCAUUUGAUUUUUUGUUUUUGUCAGUGGAGGAAAAAAAGUGGCGUAGUUACCUGCUUUAAUUCACUGGAGCUGUUUAAUUUGCCAGGUAUCAUCCUGGAUCUGCACUUUGCAGCUGCAGAUUUGAGGUUUGGUCAUAUUUUACUGUCUCUCUGUUACGCAAUGAUUACAAUAAAAGGAAUACCUGCUGCGCUGCAAUGCCCUUGCAUGCAGUAUUAAAACUGUCACUUUAAUAAUAUCAAUAUCAAACUGAGAUUACAGUAGGUUUUGACGGCUAUGCCCCUGCUGGAAGUGGGUGCAGUUAUUGUGAAGUUUUGGAGUUGUCGUGGAGGAAUUUUACUGUGAAAGGCUCGAAAGUUUUCCAGCACAGGCACUCUUAUUGUGAAGUUUCCUCGAGUUAAAGUGGAAAAGUAGGAUUGUGUGUUUCAGGAGAGGCGUGCACGGUGUAGCAAUAGUUUGAACUCGCUUGCAUUAGAAUCAGUUUCCUGUUGAUGUGUUUUCCAGUUUUCGCCUCUUCAGGACUCGCUUACCCUUUACGCUUUUCACUGUAGAAGUGCCCACAUGUAAAAAACAAACAAAAGAGAGAGAAAAACAACAAUAAAAGAGAUUCUGCCUUUCAGCGCACACACACACACAAAGCCACAGUCACAGAUACAUGCAACUCCUCGCUGUUUUAUGUAGCUUGCUCCUGUGAAAUGAUGUGUUGAAAACAGCAACAGUUUCUGUGAGCGUUGCUGAAAAUAUGUCGAUUUUGUUUCUUGUCUCUCUCCACUCUCACAUUUUGUUUUUUUGAAUUCUCACUGUGCCGUUUUACUGUCUCUACCAGCUCCUAAUUUAAUUCAUUGCUUUCCUUUUUCUGUAUCGUGGUUGACGUUGUUCAAACAUGGUCGGAUUUUAAGUAAACAAAUAUGAAAGAAUGAAAGAGAAUAACAAAAAAUAAAUAAAUACAUGUAAGGAGUCAUCGACAGCCUUUAAUGGUAUGUUUUGCACUAAGUAUAGAGUGUUCAAGCUUCUUAUUAAAAACAAAACUUUGCGCUUUGCGCUACAAUACAAUAAAUUUGUUACUUUAUUUGUAAAAACUUAAUAAAUAAAAGUUGUUUAAAUGAA